AAUUUAUAUUUCAUCAACAAAUCGCAUAGUUAUUUAAUUGAUAAUUGUGGCCUAAUAACAAACUGUUUCAAUUGAUUUUUUUUCCAUUGAAGACGCACCUUAUAAACAGUAGAAUAUUCGUACUAAAGGGACAGUAGUCGGUCGGGAGCUCAGUGCGACUUCGUUAACGUGCCAGUAAGCUUUUACACAGUUUUAAUCAAGUGUUUGUUGAAAAUUUAGACGAUUAUUCCUGAUUAAAGUACGAUAUCAACCCAAUUGGGUUAUGUAUUAUUAAUCACUUUAGUGGUAUUCAGAUAAAUCAUUGAACAGAAUUAGUGAAAAUUUCUAUGUUUAUAUAGAAAUAACAAUCAUUUAAAUAAACAUUUUUUUAAACUUUCAAGAGGACUCCUCUAGUGCUUUCAUCAAGUUUGUGUCAAUUAUUUUAGCAAUACCAAAAAGUCAUUUUCAGAUAAAGUUAUUCUUUAUAAAGGCUGUGCCAAGCAGUUCUCUAACAUCGAGGAGCUACGAAUAUGAGCACUGGUGAUUCCUGGUCUCUUCCGGUUAAGCAGGGUCUUUAUGAUCCAACCCUUGAAAAAGAUGCAUGUGGUGUUGGUUUUAUCGCUGCUAUCGAUGGACGACGUUCGCAUAAGAUUGUACGAGAUGCAGAAAUCUUGUCGGCACGUAUGAACCACAGAGGUGCAUGUGCUUGCGACAAUGAUACAGGAGACGGUGCUGGAGUACUUUGUGCUAUCCCUCACGAUUUUUAUGCAGAAGAUGUUCGAGAGAAGCAAGGCGUGGAGUUGCCGGAAUUUGGUCGCUAUGCAACGGGAAUAUUUUUCCUGGACAGGAAUACCCAUAAGCAAACGGAAGCGGCUUUCGAGAAGCUGGCAGGCGAAUGUGACUUGAGAGUUAUUUGUUGGCGUGAUGUACCAACUGAUAAUUCCUACAUUGGCCAAGUAGCAAGAAAAUGUGAACCGUAUAUGCGUCAGGCUUUCGUAACCGGCGAUCAAGAAUUUGACAUUUUUAAUCGUCAGAUAUUUGUACUACGAAAGCGUGCUUCGCACACAAUCGCUCAACCCGGCCUAAGAUUCUACAUUUGUUCACUGUCUUUGAAAACAAUUGUUUAUAAAGGACAAUUAACGGCAGACCAGUUAUGGCGUUACUUCCCAGAUUUAAAUAAUCCUAAAUUUGAAACCUACCUAGCGUUGGUUCAUACUCGUUUCUCAACGAAUACUUUUCCAAGCUGGGAGAGAGCACAACCAUUACGGCUUCUUGCUCACAAUGGUGAAAUCAAUACUCUCCGAGGAAAUGUUAACUUCAUGAAAGCUCGAGAAGGUGUUAUGAAAAGUGAUGUUUACAGAGAUCAAUUAAAAGAUCUUUAUCCAGUUGUUGAGCCGAAUUUGUCAGAUUCUGGUGCUGCUGACUGCGUACUAGAGUUUUUGGUGAUGGCUGGGCAACGAACUUUACCUGAGGCUGUAAUGACAAUGGUACCUGAAGCGUGGCAAAAUGAUCUAACUAUGGCAGAAGAAAAACGAGAUUUUUAUCACUGGGCUGCAUGUGCUAUGGAACCAUGGGAUGGUCCUGCACUCCUCACUUUCACUGAUGGGCGAUUCGUUGGUGCUAUUCUGGAUAGAAAUGGCCUGCGCCCAUCGCGCUUCUACGUCACUAAGGAUAACAUGAUGGUGAUGGCGUCUGAAGUAGGCGUCUAUGACACUCCGCCCAGCAAUGUUGUCCUGAAGAGCCGCUUGAAGCCUGGCAGAAUGUUGUUGGUUGACACUGAAGAAAAGCAGAUCAUUCAAGAUGUUGAACUCAAACUAAGCAUUGCCAGAAGUAGACCACAUUCCAAAUGGCUCAAGGAACAGAUGAUUACAAUGAAUCAUCUUCGUGCAGCACAUGUUACUAAUGGCAUUGCCAAUGGUAUGGGCAUAGAAAACGGGCAUGGAGCUGAAGAUUCGAAAAAACAUGGAUUAAAUUAUGAUCUAAGAGGUGUAGAUCGUACUUGGGGAGGCGAUAAGAGACUACAAUUAUAUGCGUAUACAAUUGAAAAUAUUAAUUUAUUGCUUCUACCUAUGCUCGAAACGAAGAAAGAAGCUCUUGGAUCAAUGGGAAAUGAUGCUCCCCUGGCUUGCCUUUCAGAAUUCCAGCCGUUAAUUUAUGAAUAUUUCAAACAAUUAUUUGCUCAGGUAACAAACCCUCCAAUUGAUCCCAUUCGUGAGAAAAUAGUGAUGUCGCUUCUCUGCCCAAUUGGACCUGAGAGCAAUAUUCUUGAGCCAAAUGAAUUGCAAGUGCACCGUUUAUUUUUACCUCAUCCAAUUUUAUCACUUGCUGAUCUAGAAGUAAUAAAACAUACUAGCUACCGUGGCUGGAAGACUAAAGUAAUCGAUAUUACUUAUCCAAAAGAAGAAGGAACUUCUGGGUUCCUGAAAACUCUUCAUCGUGUUGAUAAUGAAGCUAAUCAAGCAGCAAAAGACGGCUAUCAAUUGAUUGUUUUGUCUGAUCGUCUAGGUGGUCCUGACAGGAUCCCUGUAAGCAUGUUACUUGCUUUAGGAUCAGUUCAUCAUUAUUUGAUAGAAACUCGACAACGUAUGAAAGUUGGUCUAAUCGCAGAAACUGCUGAAGCUCGCGAAGUUCAUCAUGUUUGUGUUUUACUUGGCUAUGGAGCUGACGCUAUGUGUCCAUAUUUAGUUUUUGAAACUGCACGAAUUCUUCGAGAUGAGGGAGUUUUGGAUCAAUCUCUUACUGAUGAAAUUUUAGCCAAUAAUUAUGCAGAAGCUAUGGAAAAGGGUAUCGCUAAAGUCAUGGCUAAAAUGGGUAUAUCAACAUUACAGUCUUACAAAAGCGCACAAAUCUUUGAAGCUGUUGGACUUGCUGAUGAAGUUAUCGAUAAAUGCUUCAGAGGAACUUACUCACGUAUUGGAGGAGUAACAUUUGAUAUCUUGGCCAAAGAUGCGGUUGAACGUCAUUCUUUGACCUACAUUGAAAAAGCAGUUGAUAUGUUAGUCCUUCGAAAUCCUGGAAAUUAUCACUGGCGCGCUGGAGGAGAAAAACAUAUAAACGACCCUGUUAGUAUCGCUAAUUUGCAAGAAUCUGUCACAUUACGUAAUAAAAAUGCUUAUGAGAGUUAUCGAAAAUCUACUAUGGAAGCUGUACAAAGUUGUACUCUUCGAGGACAGUUAGAAUUACGUAAAUCAAACAAUCCUGUUCCUAUUGAAGAAGUGGAACCUGCUUCAGAAAUUGUCAAACGUUUUGUUACUGGUGCAAUGAGUUUCGGAAGUAUUUCUAUUGAAGCUCACACGACUCUAGCAAUCGCAAUGAAUCGUAUUGGAGGUAAAUCAAAUACAGGAGAAGGUGGAGAGAAUGCUGAUCGAUAUCUUAACCAAGAUCCAGAGUUUAAUAAGCGAUCUGCUAUCAAACAAGUAGCCAGUGGUAGAUUUGGAGUUACUUCCAGUUAUUUAGCAAAUGCUGAUGAUCUCCAGAUUAAAAUGGCUCAAGGCGCUAAGCCAGGAGAAGGUGGUGAACUUCCCGGUUAUAAAGUAACAGCUGAUAUUGCCAGUACAAGACACUCAGUACCUGGAGUUGGACUUAUUUCUCCUCCUCCUCAUCACGAUAUAUAUUCAAUUGAAGAUCUUGCAGAAUUAAUUUACGAUUUGAAAUGUGCCAAUCCUAACGCACGUAUUUCUGUGAAAUUAGUGUCUGAAGUUGGUGUUGGUGUUGUGGCUUCAGGAGUUGCUAAAGGCAAAGCAGAGCAUGUUGUGAUUUCGGGUCAUGACGGUGGUACUGGAGCUAGUAGCUGGACUGGUAUUAAAUCUGCAGGACUUCCUUGGGAAUUAGGAGUUGCUGAAACUCAUCAAAUUUUGACUUUGAAUAAUCUUCGGUCAAGAUUAAUUGUUCAAGCUGAUGGUCAGCUUAGAACUGGAUUUGAUAUUAUUGUUGCAGCUCUUCUUGGUGCUGAUGAAUUCGGAUUUAGUACAGCACCUCUAAUUGCAAUGGGAUGUACCAUGAUGAGAAAAUGUCAUUUAAAUACAUGUCCAGUGGGUAUUGCUACUCAGGAUCCAGUCCUUCGUAGCAAAUUUGCGGGUAAACCUGAACAUGUUAUCAAUUUCUUCUUUUCUUUGGCUGAAGAAAUCCGUGGUCAUAUGGCGAGUCUUGGCAUUCGUAAAUUUCAAGAUUUAAUUGGUCGUACAGAUUUACUUAAAGUGCGUGACGAUAUCAAGAUUGAAAAAGCCAAACUUUUGGAUUUGUCAAACAUUCUCCGUAAUGCUCUUGAACUCCGUCCAGGUGUCAACAUUCGAGGAGGAACAGUGAAGCAAGAUUUCCAACUUGAAAAUCGUCCUGACAAUGAACUAGUAGAACAAGCAAAACUUAUUCUCGAAGGAGAACAAAACAGAGUCAAUAUUAAAAUGACAAUAAAUAAUGAGACUAGAGCAUUUGGAUCAACCUUAAGUUACUUUAUUUCAAAACAUUGUGGAGAAGAAGGUUUGCCAGAACACAGUAUAAAUAUUCAAUUAAAAGGAUCUGCUGGGCAAAGUUUUUGUGCCUUCUUAACUAAAGGUGUCCAUGUUACUCUUGAAGGAGACGCUAAUGAUUACGUCGGAAAGGGUCUUUGUGGUGGUGAAAUUGUAAUUUACCCACCGAAAGAAUCAGAAUUUUUAUCAGAAGCUAAUGUAAUUGUUGGUAAUGUAUGUUUAUAUGGUGCAACAUCAGGAAAAGCCUAUUUCAGAGGUAUCGCAGCUGAAAGAUUCAGCGUUCGAAACAGUGGAGCUGUUGUCGUUGUUGAAGGUGUUGGAGAUCAUGGUUGUGAAUACAUGACUGGAGGUUGUGCUGUGAUUCUUGGACUUACUGGAAGAAACUUUGCAGCUGGUAUGUCUGGAGGUAUUGCUUAUGUCCUUGAUGUCGAUGGAUCUUUUAAGAGUAAAUGUAAUCCUGAAAUGGUUGAACUAUUGCCUUUGAAUGAUAAAGAAGAUAUCGCUUACGUUAAACAGCUUCUAGAAGAAUUUAUCGACAAGACUGGAUCUCUUAUCGCUAAAGAAUUAUUGUUAACUUGGCCAGAGCCUACCACAAGAUUUGUUAAAGUAUUCCCCUAUGAAUAUCAAAGAGCAUUAAAACAACUUGCUGAAGAAAAAGCUACUGUACCAAUUGCCAAUGGAAACUCCAAAAAUCAGGCACAAAUUAAAGAUAUUGAAGAUUCAGUUGAAGACGCAGAAAUAGCUCAGAAAAAGCUUGAUAAAAUUAAGGGAUUUAUAAAAUACAAACGGCACACUGCAGUGUACAGACCUGCUGAAAAACGUGUUGAGGAUUGGGACGAAAUCUAUAACUUCCAAGGUGUCAGAAAAGGAUUGAGAGUUCAAGCUGCAAGGUGUAUGGAAUGUGGAGUACCAUUCUGUCAAAGUAGCCAUGGAUGUCCUUUGGGUAACAUCAUUCCUAAGUGGAAUGAUUUAGUAUUUCAACAAAAUUGGCAAGAAGCUUUGAAACAAUUACUCCAAACUAAUAACUUUCCUGAAUUUACUGGAAGAGUUUGUCCAGCUCCGUGUGAAGGUGCAUGCGUUCUUGGAAUUUCAGAACCUCCAGUUACAAUCAAAAAUAUUGAAUGUGCUAUAAUUGAUCACGCUUUUGAACAAGGAUGGAUUACUGCACAUCCUCCGGCUGUAAGAUCUGGAAAACGGAUUGCUAUUGUAGGUUCUGGGCCAGCUGGGCUGGCUGCUGCUCAUCAGCUCAAUAAAGCAGGGCAUUUAGUUACUGUAUUGGAACGAAACGAUCGAAUUGGAGGUCUUUUGCAGUAUGGAAUUCCUACAAUGAAGCUAUCUAAAAAAGUUGUUCAACGUAGAGUAGCGUUAUUGGCUGCUGAGGGUAUUGUUUUUAAGACUGGGGUUGAUGUUGGCAAAGAUAUUUCUGCACAACAAUUGAAAGAAGAGUAUGAUGCAGUUCUCUUGUGUACUGGAGCUACGUGGCCGAGAGAUUUGCCAAUCCCAGGACGUCAUUUAGAAGGGAUUCAUUUUGCAGUUAGCUUUUUAGAGCACUGGCAGAAGAAACAGAUGUGUAAUGAUGCUCCAUUAAACAUGAAAUUGAUCGCUAAGGAUAAAGAUGUAAUCAUCAUUGGUGGUGGUGACACUGGGUGUGACUGUAUCGCUACUUCAUUGAGACAAGGUGCCAAGAGUAUUACGACAUUUGAAAUUUUGCCUGAGCCACCGACAAGACGAGCGAAUGACAAUCCUUGGCCGCAAUUCCCAAAAGUUUUCAAGGUUGAUUACGGUCAUGAAGAAGUCUCACUUAAAUUUGGACGGGAUCCACGUCAAUUUAGCACUUUGAGUAAAGAAUUUUUGGAUGAUGGUAAUGGUAAUGUAUCAGGAAUUAAAACAGUGAGGGUAGAAUGGACUAAAGAUGACGUUGGACGUUGGAAAAUGACUGAAGUUGAAGGAUCUGAGCAGAUUUAUAAGUGUAAUCUGGUAUUACUCGCUAUGGGAUUUUUAGGCCCAGAAAAAUAUAUUGCUGAAGAAUUGCAAGCUAAAUUGGAUGGUCGCGGAAAUUAUGAAACACCUGUUGGCAAAUAUGCCACAAGUUUGCCUGGCGUUUAUGCUGCUGGAGAUUGUAGAAGAGGUCAAUCACUCGUGGUCUGGGCGAUCACUGAAGGUCGUCAAGCAGCUCGUGAGAUUGAUCAAGCUUUAACGAAUUAUACAUCGCUACCCGGUCCAGGAGGAGUAAUUGUCAGUGUGUUGGCUUGAACAUGAUCUUCCGUCGUCAAUGGUAUUUUACAUUACUUUAUAUUUAUAAAAGAUAUCAUUUAUUCGAUUUAUAGAGCAACAAAUUUAUAUUACAAUUUGUUUAUCAAAACAACUUAUUAAUAAAUUAAUUAACAAUUAAAAGUGAAUUGAAAAUUUGCAAGCCCAUAAAACGUUGUUUGAAAAUAUUUAAUGUCUAGUAUUUAAUGUUGAGUUAAAUCGCUUAAUAAAUAAGAAUUAAAGAAUAAAUUAGAUAGUGGUCAGAGAAUAUUUCAAUAUUUGGCUGUGUAAUUGAGUAAAACUUUCAGAUUAUAUUAUUGAUUAAUACUGUCACUAGACUUCAGUUAUUGAAUUUAAUAAGCAUCUAAAGCAAAUAAUAUCCUUAGAAUACAUUAUUUUCAACAUGAGUAAAAAUAAUAAUUGAAUUAAUUAAUAAGUAAAACAUUAAUAUGGAUUAAUAACGGAUGAUCAUAUCAACCCUUGCAGUAUGGCAUUAUAGGGCUUUGACUUUACUAUCAAUUAAAAUUCAAAAUGCAAACUUAAUCAUCAAUUAACUAAAGGGCCUUUCUGCAACGAAAAACAAUAUAUUCAGUACAAUUUCCGUUCACAAUUUAUCACAUUCA